UAGGUAGAGAAUUCCGAAAGCUCAAGCAGCCCUACCAACGAAUCCUACACAACAUGGCUGUCCUAACCAACGAUGCUAUUGCCCCGGAACUCGGCCACGCUGACUUCCAUACCGCUGACGACACCGCCUGACUAUCACCUGAUAAUUUAACAACCCCCAUGAAUCUCUACACAUGCCUUCCGAGCCUCCCUGUGCCCUUAAACUAAUAUACAUGGUCGCUUUACACCCCUCAUCAUGAGUAGGACCCGCGCGCUCACUCUUCUGAUUCUCUCCAUCCUUGGCAUCUUUGCCGCAUACCAAUACAACCGCUCCACCAUGGCCACCACCCCAAAACUCAUCCCAACCAGCGCAAUAGCCAAGAACGGCGCAAUAGUAGUCGGCUCAGGCCUCGCUGGCCUCUCCGCCGCCUCUGAACUAAUCGCAGCAAACAUCCCCGUCCGUCUACUUGAGCGGAACGCAAAGCCAGGCGGUAACUCGAUUAAAGCCUCAUCCGGCAUCAAUGGCGCCCCUACCCUCUUCCAACCAGGCCCACCAGACACAGAGUUCUACGCCGACACAAUCAAAUCAGCCGGCUACGCUAUGAGCACAGCCCGCGAGCACCGCGAAAAGCUAAUCGGCACCCUCACCAACUCAUCCGCCUCAGCCGUCACGUGGCUCAACACCACCCACGGCAUCGACCUCAGCAAAGUCGCUCAACUGGGCGGGCAUUCCCGGGCUCGAACCCAUCGAGGCGCGGGCGGCACACCCCCCGGCUUCGCCAUCGUUUCCACUCUCCUCAAAAGCCUGAAAGCAAGCCCCCUUUUCGAGCUCAAGACAUCCUGCACCGUAAACCGCCUCCUGCGUUCCGGCAGCUCGGUCACAGGUGUCGAGUACACCUGUAUCUCACCCGAAGCCGAAAGCACGACUUCAGAACUCCAUGGCCCUGUCAUAGUGACCACGGGCGGCUUCGCAGGCGACGCCGCCGGCCUCCUAGCCACCCACCGCCCGGACCUCGCAAACUUCCCCUCAACCAACGAUCCCGCGCCGGGAUUUACGCAUCUGCUAACUUCCGUGGGCGCCCAGCUGCUCGAUAUGUCGAGCGUGCAGGUCCACCCGACCGGUUUCGUAGAUCCUGCAAAUCCUUCAUCCCCGCUCAAAUUCCUCGCCGCAGAAGUAUUGCGCGGCGAGGGCGGAAUCCUGCUCCACGACGGGGAACGGUUUUUCAACGAGCUGGAGACACGCGAGAAAGUCACGGCUGCGAUUUUGAAGAACCCGCCGAUUGAGGAGAAGCCGAAGCAAUGGGAUGUGCUCUUGGUGUUGGAUGAAGGGGUCUAUGAGGCCGCGAAAUCGCAUAUUGAUUUCUACAUCUUCAAGGGACUGAUCCGGAAGACGACGAUUGGAGAUCUGGGGGAGAAGGCGUUGCCCACAAUUCAGGAGUAUGCGGGCGCGGUGGCAGGGAAAUAUGAAGACAAGUUUGGUCGGACCGCGUUUGCGAAUUGGAAGUUAUUGGAGCCGGAGGCGGACUCGGUGGUGUAUGUCGGGAGAGUAACGCCGGUGGUGCAUUUUACGAUGGGCGGCGUGGUGAUUAGCGAGAAGGCCGAGGUGCUGGACGCGCAAGGAGUGCCGGUUGAGGGCGUCUGGGCGGCUGGGGAGGUGACUGGGGGCGUGCAUGGAGGGAACAGGCUAGGUGGGUCGAGCUUGUUAGAAUGUGUAGUGUUUGGGAGGAAUGCAGGAGAAAGGGUGGUAGAGUAUGUGAAGAAAGAAGAGAAGUGAGGCCUAUAAUGGGUGUGAAUGUGAGGAAUAAAUUUCACUUCCUUUCUCAGUGUAUAUAUGACACUGUAAUCUGCGCAUGUGCUCCCCAGUUUCCUUGCUGUCUUCCUCAACCUGACGGAAGUUGAGUAAAUAGUGCCCUAGAUCGGAAAUGGUGAGCAUGCGAUGGCCACGUUGAAGUCCUAUUCCUGUUGAGAAGAUGUAUGCAGAGGAUGUCUGACGGAUUGGAGCAAAUACUUAUGUGAUCUGGUG